GCGGCGCAGACGGGAAGUUGCGGCUGCCAGCGAGGCGGACUGGCCGGUAGGAGGCCACACGCCACCCCGAGGCUGCUUAGGCCGUGCAGAGGGGACGUCGCGGCGUCAGCCCGGGGUCGGGGGCACCGCAGACCGGGAAGCAGCGCGAGGAUCUGUGGGAGGAAGGCAGGCAUGGUCGGCCCCACUGAAGUGACACGAACCCAGACACAGGAGGCGUCUGGCUCCAAGUUUUCCAGCCAGUAGAACAGCCAAACUGGAGCCCAAGGCCAGGUGUCCUGGCUCCCAGCGGGGGUCUGCCUGCACCAACCAUGAGUCGCCUGCUAUGGAAGAAGGUGGCCAGCGCCACCGUCGGGCCAGGGCCGGUUCCAGCCACGGGACGCUGGGUCUCCAGCUCCGUCCUCGUCCCCGUCCCCAGCGACGGGCAGCCGCAGCCGUCCUCGGAGGGCGGGCAGCUGCGGCACAGCCCGUUGCACAUCCAGAUGCUGUCGCGAGGGCUGCACGAGCAAAUCUUCGGGCCCGGCGGGGAGAAGCCCGACGAGGCCGCGGUGCACCGCAGCGUGGAGCACCUGCAGAAGCACGGGCUCUGGGGGCAGCCAACCGUCCCCUUGCCAGACGUGGAGCUGCGCCUGCCGCCGCUCAAGGGGGGCAACCUGGACCAGCACUUCCGCCUCCUGGCCCAGAAGCAGAGCAUGCCUUACCUGGAGGCGGCCAACUUGCUGUUGCAGGCCCAGCUGCCGCCCAAGCCCCCCAGCUGGGCCUGGGCGGAGGGCUGGACCCGGUACGGCCCCGAGGGGGAGGCCGAACCCGUGGCCAUCCCCGAGGAGCGGGCCCUGGUGUUCGACGUGGAGGUCUGCUUGGCAGAGGGAACUUGCCCCACAUUGGCGGUGGCCAUAUCGCCCUCGGGCUGGUAUUCCUGGUGCAGCCAGCGGCUGGUGGAAGAGCGCUACUCUUGGACCAGCCAGCUGUCGCCGGCUGACCUCAUUCCCCUGGAGGCCUCUGCUAGUGUCAGCAGCUCCACCCAGCGGGAUUGGCAGGAGCAGUUAGUGGUGGGGCACAACGUUUGCUUUGAUCGAGCCCAUAUCCGGGAGCAGUACCUGAUCCAGGGCUCCCGCGUGCGCUUUCUGGACACCAUGAGCAUGCACAUGGCCAUCUCGGGGCUGAGCAGUUUCCAGCGUGGCCUGUGGAUGGCCGCCAGGCAGGGCAGGCGCAAGGCCCAGCAGCCCGCACCGCGAGGCCAGAAGCCCAGGAGCAGAGCCGGCGGCCCAGCCAUUUCAUCUUGGGACUGGAUAGACAUCGGCAGUGUCAACAACCUGGCAGAUGUACACAGCCUCUACGUGGGGGGGCCUCCCCUGGAGAAGGAGCCUCGGGAACUGUUUGUCAAGGGCAGCAUGAAGGACGUCCGUGAGAACUUCCAGGACCUGAUGCAGUACUGCGCCCGGGACGUGUGGGCAACCUACGAGGUUUUCCAGCAGCAGCUACCACUCUUCUUGGAGAGGUGCCCUCACCCAGUGACUCUGGCUGGCAUGCUGGAGAUGGGCGUUUCCUACCUUCCUGUCAACCAGAACUGGGAGCGGUACCUGACUGAGGCACAGAGCACCUAUGAGGAGCUCCAGCGGGAGAUGAAGAAGUCACUGAUGGACCUGGCCAAUGAUGCCUGCCAGCUGCUCUCAGGAGAGAGGUACAAAGAAGACCCCUGGCUGUGGGACCUUGAGUGGGACCUGCAAGAGUUUAAGCAGAAGAAAGCAAAGAAGGUGAAGAGGAAGGAACCAGCCUCAGCCAGCAAGUUGCCCAUCGAGGGGGCUGGGGCCCCUGGGGAUCCCAUGGAUCAGGAAGAUCCUGGCCCCCCCAGCGAGGAGGAGGAGCUUCAGCAAGAUGUCACGGCCCGUGCCUACCUGCAGCAGCUGAAGGGCACCACAGAGCUCCUGCCCAAGCGGCCCCAGCACCUCCCUGGACACCCUGGGUGGUACCGGAAGCUCUGCCCCCGGCUAGAUGACCCUGCAUGGACCCCGGGCCCCAGCCUCCUCAGCCUGCAGAUGCGGGUCACACCUAAACUCAUGGCACUGACCUGGGAUGGUUUCCCUCUGCACUACUCAGAGCAUCAUGGUUGGGGCUACCUGGUGCCUGGGCGGCGGGACAACCUGGCGAAGGUGCCGGGGGCCACCACCCCGGAGUCGGCUGGGGUGGCCUGCCCCUACAGGGCCAUCGAGUCCCUGUACAGGAAGCACUGUCUGGAACAGGGGAAGCAGCUGGAGCCCCAGCAGACAGGUCUGGCCGAGGAGUUCCUGCUCACCGACAGCAGUGCCCUGUGGCAUACGGUGGAAGAACUGGGCUGCUUAGACGUGGAGGCUGAGGCCAAGAUGGAGAACCUGAGCACUGCAGUGCCUUGUAGACCCCCAGCUCUGCCUGCUGCUUGUGGUCCCAAAGGCAGCCAGCCCUCUUAUCACCAUGGCAACGGACCUUACAAUGAUGUGGAUCUCCCCGGCUGCUGGUUUUUCAAGCUGCCUCACAAGGAUGGUAACAGCUAUAAUGUAGGCAGCCCCUUUGCCAAGGACUUCCUGCCCAAGAUGGAGGAUGGCACCCUGCAGGCUGGUCCAGGAGGUGCCAGUGGGCCCCGUGCCCUGGAAAUCAACAAAAUGAUUUCUUUCUGGAGGAAUGCCCACAAACGCAUCAGCUCCCAGAUGGUGGUAUGGUUGCCCAAGUCAGCUCUGCCCCGUGCUGUGACCAGGCACCCUGGCUAUGACGAGGAAGGCCGCUAUGGGGCCAUCCUGCCCCAGGUGGUGACUGCUGGCACCAUCACCCGCCGGGCUGUGGAGCCCACGUGGCUGACUGCCAGCAAUGCCCGGGUAUGCAUGGAGGGUGGCGUCCUUACUUGCAGGCCCCAGGCCCCUCCUGGCUAUGUCCUUGUGGGUGCUGACGUGGACUCACAGGAGCUGUGGAUCGCAGCUGUACUUGGAGAUGCCCACUUUGCUGGCAUGCACGGCUGCACGGCCUUCGGGUGGAUGACACUGCAGGGCAGGAAGAGCAGGGGCACCGAUCUACACAGUAAGACAGCUGCCACGGUAGGCAUCAGCCGCGAGCAUGCUAAAGUCUUCAACUAUGGCCGUAUCUACGGAGCGGGGCAGCCUUUCGCUGAGCGCCUGCUCAUGCAGUUCAACCACCGGCUCACGAGGCAGGAGGCGGCUGAGAAGGCCCAGCAGAUGUAUGCGGCCACCAAAGGCCUCCGCUGGUAUCGACUGUCAGAUGAGGGCGAGUGGCUGGUCAGACAGCUGGACCUCCCUGUGAACAGGACUGAAGAUGGCUGGAUUUCCCUGCAUGAUCUGCGCAAGGUCCAGAGAGAAGCUUCAAGGAAGUCACGCUGGAAGAAGUGGGAUGUGGUUGCUGAGCGAGCAUGGCUGGGAGGCACAGAGUCAGAAAUGUUCAAUAAGCUGGAAAGCAUCGCCACCUCAGACAAGCCACGGACCCCGGUGCUGGGCUGUCGCAUCAGCCGGGCGUUGGAGCCCUCUGCUGUCCGGGGGGAGUUCAUGACCAGCCGUGUGAAUUGGGUGGUGCAGAGCUCUGCUGUGGACUACUUGCACCUCAUGCUUGUUGCCAUGAGAUGGCUGUUUGAAGAGUUUGCCAUUGACGGGCGCUUCUGCAUCAGCAUCCAUGACGAGGUUCGCUACCUGGUGCGGGAGGAGGACCGCUACCGCGCGGCCCUGGCCCUCCAGAUCACCAACCUCCUGACCAGGUGCAUGUUUGCCUACAAGUUGGGUCUGAACGAUUUGCCCCAGUCGGUCGCCUUUUUCAGUGCAGUCGACAUUGACCAGUGCCUCAGGAAGGAAGUGACCAUGGAUUGUAAAACCCCUUCCAACCCAACUGGGAUGGAACGGAGAUACGGGAUUCCCCAGGGUGAAGCACUGGACAUUUACCAGAUAAUUGAACUCACCAAAGGCUCCUUGGAAAAACAAAGCCAGCCUGGACCCUAGCUCUGCCUGGAGGCUCUGAAUUUGCUCCCGUGGAGCUUCGUGGGGGUGUAGGCUCCCAAACUCAGGCUUUCAGCUGUGCUUUCUGCAAAAGG